AUGAAUCGCAGGGAGUACGCCCGCCGAGGGGCCACGGUGUACGCCACUGCGCGCCGAUUGGAGGCCAUGCGUGGGUUGCAGGAGCAGGGAGUGACUGUAUUGAAGCUGGAUGUGACAAACGCGGAAGAUAUUCAGCAUGCAGUUGAGACAGUCAUGAAGGAGGCUGGGCGAAUAGACGUGCUCGUCAACAAUGCUGCUGUCUUCGCCACACGCCCCCUGGCGGACACGCCGCUCUCCGAUUGGCGCGUGCUGUUCGAGACGAACCUGCUCGGCGUCUUCUCCACCGUCCCCACACUCUUACUUUUCCUGUCGUACCUUCCUCCCCUCCUCCACUCCCUCCCCUCCUCCGCUCCCUCCCCUCCUCCCUCCCUCCCCUCCUCCGCUCCCUCCCCUCCCACCGGUUCCCGCGCUUGCCACAGUCCCAUGGCAGCAGCCUAUUCAGCGUCCAAGGCGGCGUUGAAUGCGGUGACCAACUGCAUGCGCAUGGAUAUGAAGCUGUUUUCUCGCCCCCCUCCCCGCCCCUCCCACAUGCUCCAUCUCAGGCCCAUGGCAGCAGCCUAUUCGGCGUCCAAGGCGGCGUUGAAUGCGGUGACCAACUGCAUGCGCAUGGAGAUGAAGCCCUUCGGAGUGCGAGUCAUGCUGGCAGUUCCUGGAUUCAUCAACACCAACAUACACAGGUGA